AUGUCGAAUAACGACAAGCGCAUGCAUCCACGUCUGGAAAGCGAAGAUCGUCUGUUCACCCAGGUUGUACUGGCAGCUGAUGAGCCGGAUCUUGUGGGUGCAACACUGGCUUGCACGGCGGUCAACAUGUCUAUGGGUGGCAUCCAGUUUAAAACUGUGCAACCCGUUCCCGUAGGUACUCUGCUUGACCUGUGGGUCGAUGUCGUAGAAUUAAACGUUGAAGGGAAUCAGAAAACGACGCUUCCCCCUAUCGUUCAUACCAUUCGCCAGCAAAGCAAAAAGCAGAUCAAUGAGCUGCUGCAAAACCUGUUCAACAACACUGACGAUGCAUUGUUCGAGUUAGCUGACCGUUCCCAGUCUGACCAGCAUCAGGAAAUGUAUUUCGAUUCGAUGCGGAUGAUCCGAUUACAUCGUAAAACCCUGGCGUCUAAUUUCGUCCGCGGACUCAAUGAUUCUUUUCAGGAUGCCUUUAACUCAUCGGGCACAGCUGGCGCAGACGAAACUGAUGAGAUCGACGCCGAAGAUUACGCCUUGCUGGAUCAGGACGAGUUAGAAAUGACCGUUGCCGUUUCAGGCAUCGUUUCAAAAGUUACCAGUCAGUACAGUCUUGCGGUCAUGCAACUGACCAAGCGUCUGGAUUUCCUUGCGAAACGCCAGACGAUAACCGAACGCAAUAAUCCACUUGGGCCCCAGGCGUUAAGCAGUCUGUUCGCAAACGCACUGGACACACUCGAAGUCGAUAUCAAGAUACGUAUCAUUCUGAUGAAGUUAUUCGAGCGUUUUGUCAUGGAACGGCUGGGACCGGUCUAUGAAAAUGCCAAUCGCGCACUGAUCGAUGCAGAUGUAUUGCCGGAGCUGAAAAACAAGGCGCCUAAACGAGCAGGGCCAACGACCCGCAACACAGGGACAGGCAGCAGCCAUCAGCAAAGUAACAGCAAGACAGGCCGUUCCGGCGGUUUUAGCGGCAUGUCCGGUGGAGCUGGAAGUUUUGGCUUUGAUACCGUUCAGGCGCUUCUUUCAGGAUCUAACGCUUCUUCAGGCGGCGGCGCUUCCGAGCAUCAGUCCGGCGGAGCUCAAAAUGGCUAUGGCGAAGGUUCGGGCACUCCGAUGAUGGCUCUGCCCCGACUGGAUUCAGGCGAAUUGAUUCAAGUGCUAAGCCGACUGCAGGAUGCCGCGCAGGUCGACCCCAUCAACAUCGAGCAAAUACCAGAACUCAGCGAUGUUCGCUCGCUGGUCCUGGCGCAACCGAGCGCCGCCAAGAAAUCGCUGGGCCAGGCUGAUGAUGAUGCGGUGAACUUUGUGGGCAUGCUGUUUGACUACAUCCUCAACGAUCGCAAUCUGGCGAUCCCUAUGAAAGCUCUGAUUGGCCGAUUGCAGAUCCCGAUUAUCAAACUGGCAAUCAUUGAUAAAACUUUUUUCGAAAAAACAGCCCACCCGGCCCGCGCGCUCCUUAACGAGUUGUCCAGCGCAGGCAUUGGAUGGAGCAGCGCUAAUGAACUGAAGCGCGACGCGUUAUACAACAAGAUUGAAUCUGUCGUGUUGCGUGUUUUAAAUGAAUUCAACGACAAUCCGGACGUGUUUGCAGAACUAUUAACCGACCUGCGCUUAUAUGUCAGCAAAGACAGCCGGCGCAGCGUGCUGGUUGAGCAGCGCGUCAAAGAAUCUGAAGUUGGUAAAGCCAAAACAACGGCAGCCAAAUUGAAAGUGCAGAAUCUGGUGAAUCAGAAGGCCUGCGGCCUGCGUUUACCCAGCGAAGCCGGCAAAUUUAUCAGUGAAACCUGGACGCGGGUGCUGACGCUACGCAUCAUAAAACAAGGCGAAACCUCUGCGCAGUGGAAUGCCGGCGUUAAGACUCUGGAUGAUUUGUUAUGGGUCUUACAACCAUUGUCAAACCUAGACGAGGUCGAAAGCCGCGACCAGCUUACGCAAAGCCUGGUAACAGAAAUUUAUACGGGUAUGACCGAGCUUGGUUGUCCUGAUGAGGAGACCGAAGCGUUCCAGACCUGGCUGACAGAACACCUCUACUCUCUUUCUGCCAAUGAUCGCGCUUAUCUUGAAGAAGACGAACGUCCCGAGCUCGAUGUCGCUGAAGCACUUAUGGAAGAAAUCAUCCUGACAUCACCACCCAAGGUGGUUGAUGAACGUGCGUUUCCAGAGGCUACUUUAGAGCAACUGAAGCUCAUCACCGAAGGCACCUGGAUCGAAAUUUCUACGGAUGACGAACGGAUGCUACGUUGCAAACUUGCCACCAUCACCCAGCCCGGGAACAACUAUAUUUUUGUUAAUCGAAGAGGCAUGAAAGUGCUGGAGAAAAACCGCGGUGAGCUUGCCGAAAUGGUUGAAAACAAGACCCUUAAGCGCAUCGAUGAAUCUCAGGUUUUUGAUCGCGCACUGCAAUCCGUGAUCGGUAAUCUUCGCCAGCUACAGCGAGAACGCAGCCAAUAA